CGAUUAAACGACAAUUUGAUGGACUUUUUCCUGAGUGUUUUUGUGAGUGUAUUCGCUCAGAAUUCGGCAUAUGCGUUUUCGACGUUUUUCUACACGCAAUUGGCGCAAGAGAAUCUACAGGACGGUUGGGAGAGGGUGAAAAACUGGACGAAAAAUGUGGAUAUUUUCGCCCACGAUUUGCUGUUAUUCCCCAUUAACGAGUCGAAUCAGCACUGGUGGCUGCUGGCGGUU